AAAGCCGAAGGGGAAACAAAUUUUCUCGGAACUUUCUCCGUUCUCUUUUAGCUCUGCUGGAUAAUCCAAGGGCAAAGCCGAAGCAUCAGAUAUAGAGAGAGAGAGAGAGAGAGAGAGAGAGAAAGAAGGGGGGAGAUCGAGAUCUACGCUGCUACUGGAGCUGACUGAGAUUGACGCCGAGGACGAUGAGUGGAAUAGCCUUAGUCCUUGAGCUCGCGAGGAAAAACCCGAGCUUCCAUUCCGCCCAAUCAGUGCACUCCUAUGGACAGUUCUCGGCUGCCUCCUUCGCCGCCGCCGCCGCUCCUUUUGCAGCGAGGUUCCUGUUCGGAAGUUUUAGAUUACCUGUCGCAUACUGCGAUGCUGGGACAACAUGGUCUGAAGAUUAUGUUUCUAGUACACAAAGUAAUAGCAAGAAUAUACUGCAUGACGAAUCUCUGAAACACGGCGCCAAGAUAUACAACAUAGAGAUGAAGCCUCUCUUUUCAGCUUUUGAGUUUAGGAACUUUGCCUUGACUUCGUUAAGGUCUUUUCUACAGUCCUAUUUGCCCCUUUUACAGUCCAUUAUCCAGGAGGAAGAGGAUGAGAACUUCCUGCAGGAUGAUAGGGAGGAGCGCCAUGUAGAUAUGGUCGUUCCCUUCAAAAAUUCUGUCAAACAGAUCAUUCGGGAGACUACAGUUGUAACUACUAGACGGGUUUUGGAAAGGCUUGCUGUCCAAUAUGUUUCACAAAGAAUGGCAUGGAAACUUCUCAAAGAUGUUCCCAAAUCUACUACACGCAAGGCACAAAGAGGGAUGCCAGCUCUAGUUUAUAUAUGGAGUGUUAGCAGGACAACUUUUAGAGGGCAGGUACUAGGAACUGCGGCAACAUGGCUUGUUCAAGUAGGAAUUGAAACUUACCGAUGCUUGUCUAGGAUAUUCAAGUCCAAGGAAGAAGAUGAAGUUGAUCCAGUAGAACAAGUUGUAACUCUCGGGAAGAAGGUGUACAUAGUUACUAUGAAGUGUAGUGCAUCCCUGUUUUUUGCUUCGAUCGGAGCAGGGAUUGGUGCCGCUAUUAUGCGCCCUUCACUUGGGCAGUGGGUUGGCUGUGUUGCCGGCGACUUAGCUGGCCCAAUUAUUGUGUCAUUUUGCUUUGAGAAUUAUCUCCAAUUGGCUCUAUAAAGUAUUGGCUUCCAAUUCUCUUGCACGGAGCUACCCUUAACUCAGGGUCUAGCUUGACUUGAAGCAUUCAGCUGAUGAUGUUCGUUGGAAGUUGCUGUUGAGGCCGGAUGCUGCAGUUGAAAUCAUUUGUCAACUUUGACACUUGCCAUGUGGUUCCGUCAUUUAGAUGUGAACUAAUGACAUUUUGCCCCGGAAUCACAACCCUAUGUUGUGUCCGUCAUUAUUUCAACUAUACUGUAUUGGGAUAAUUCUGCAGCAACUUAAUCAAGUUUGGUGCAAUUGUACU